AUGAAGUUUCUACAGAUUCACUGUCUAGACUUUAGCCCUGCUCCAAGCAAAUCCAUGGCCUCGAAGCAGAUAGUCCAUAUGAAUCAUGGACAAGGGGAAGCUAGCUAUGCUCGCAACUCUGGCUUUCAGAAAGCUCUACAAAACAAAAUGAAGCCUCUAAUCGAAGCAGCCAUUGCUGACUUAUGCAGCAGCAACAACACCUUGUUUCCCGAAAAGUUGUUGGUUGCGGACUUGGGAUGCUCCACUGGACCAAAUGCGCUAGCACUGGUAUCAUUUGCUGUCGAGGCCAUUGACAAUCAUUGUGCUCAGCUGAAGCAGCCACCGCCAGAAGUGUGCCUUCUCCUCAAUGACCUACCUGGGAAUGAUUUCAACUCGGUGGUGAAGAGCCUAGUCACACUCUGUCAAAGCAACGAGCCUGGUAUUGUGACCGUGGGGAUCGUACCAGGGUCAUUUUACAAGAGGCUCUUCACUAGUGGCUCCUUGCAUCUUUUCUGCUCAUCCAACAGCCAGAAUUGGCUAUCAAAGGCUCCUGAAGAUCUAACAAGAAGCCGGAUCCCAGCGUACGACGUUGAUGAGCAUGCUAGGCAUGAAAGGGUUCUUAUGGUCCUUGACGCUUAUGCACAUCAGUUUAAGAAAGAUUUCUCAAUUUUUUUAGAGCUGCGAGCCAAAGAAUUAGUCCCAGGAGGUCGUAUGGUUGUUUCCCUUACAGGGACUCGUUCUAAUAAAACUGCCUCAAAAUGCUAUCACCUAUGGGAAACCUUUGCUCAGAUAUUGGUUGCCAUGGUCUCAGAGGGCGUGAUCGACAAAGCGAAGUAUGAUUCUUUUUAUGUUCCAAUAUAUGGACCUUCAAACGUAGAGCUGAGGGAGAUCAUCCAAGAAGAGGGGUCCUUUUCGAUCAAUGAGAUGCAUGUGCAAGACUUCAAACGCGGUGUGGACAAAGCUCAUACCACUGCAAAAUCGCAAAUAAACAUGAUGAGAUCUGCAUUUGAGCCGAUAGUUGUCCAACAUUUCGGAGAAGUGAUGGAUGAAUUUGUGAGGACAGCCGAGAAGCGCUGGAGUCUGGAGCGUAGCUUGCAGGAAGAGGUUGCUUACCCGGUGCUUCAGUUGGCUGUAUCGCUUACCAAGAAGGCUGGAUGA